CCGCACAUGGCUAUGCAAGAUUUUAAUCAAUAUUCUUGCUGACUCCCUCACAUGACAAAAAUCUAGUUGGCUUGCAGGUCUAUAAUUUAGUAGAGUAGUUACUCUAGCUAGAGCACCGCUACUUUCUUUCUUUUAAACACACCAUUGUUGCUCUUCCCAAUCCCACACUACCAAUUAAUCUCUCUAGAGAACAGGGUCUUGGCUCCUUUAAUUUUCUUCGAUUUCUGUGAUUUUCUUGAAAAAUUUUCCCAACACCUCAAAAUUGACCUUUACAUUGUCAUUUCAUACUAGACCUCUUCUGGCUAGAAUCAUUUAAUUUCUUCUAGUUUCCCAUCUUGAACAUUUUAUUACAAUCAUUCAUGGCCACCUUAUGCUUUACUUUCUUGUUUUCCUAGAAUAUAGCAAUUAUUGUAUGUUAUGUUUGUAUACCUAUCUACAUAAGUUGUUUUAUGGCCAAAAAGCACUAGACCAUUCCCUGAUGUUUUGAUUUUCUUGGAAGACUUUUGUGAUUGGCACACACCUGACACUACAAGGUCUUGACACCUGUCAAGUAACUCUGCUGCUUAAACAUGCAUAUAUUAUUAUUGCUCAAUGCAUGCACGUGUAGGGAGGGAAAUUAAGGAUACACAUACAUAUAGUGCUUCAGUCUGGUUCUUGUUGCUUGAGGGAAAUGCAUAGAAGUCUUCAAAUUUGUUGAUCGUUGUAAAGUUAGCAUGUUGUUUUUGUGGGUGAGAGUAAUUUGAAGUCAUGGGGAAGCUGCGGUUUGGAAAAAUGUUAGAUAGGUUGUGUUUGUCUUCUUCUUAUGGUACAAGCUGCUGUAUAUGUAUCAAUGGGUAUGGAUCAAGUUUUGAUGGUGUGGAUGACCUAGAGAAGGAGCCAUUGGUUGGAACUGAAGGUGAUGAAUUGGUAAGGCUCAAGGAUUUUGUUGAGGAACCCAAGUCUUUGGCUCUUCAGUUAAAACCAAAGAUAGUUGUGCUAAGAGUAUCCAUGCACUGCAACGGUUGUGCAAGAAAGGUUGAGAAACACAUCUCAAAGAUGGACGGAGUGACAUCUUACCAAAUAGACCUGGAAACAAAAAUGGUGGUGAUAAUGGGAGAUAUUGUACCUUUUGAAGUGGUGGAGAGCAUUGCUAAAGUAAAAAAUGCAGAGUUUUGGCAAUCUCCUUCAGUUGAUCACAAGACAUAAUCAACCUCAUAGUUAUUGUUUAAACAUUCUAGUUUAAGCACCACAUGAGACUAACUGCCUUCAUAAUCUUGCUCAAUAAUUAUUGGAAGCAAAUAAUAUUUUACUACUAGAUAAUUACAAGCUAUAUUUAAAGUGUCGCAAAUGUACAA